AUGGUUGCUGAUGAUAUUGCACUGUUAUCUACGUGUGUUAAAGGCUUGCAAGAAAUGUUGAGUUCCCUACAAAAAUAUAGCCUAAAAUGGCAUUUCGAGUUUAACCCAAGUAAAACUACUGUGAUUACGUUUGGUGAAACCACACAAAUGCGCAAUAAAAUGAAGAAUACAAAGAGAUGGACUCUUUUUGAUGUUCCAGUGCGGGAAGAAGAGUGCUGGACUCAUGUUGGUAUUGAAUUGUGUGGAAGCUUUUCAAGUACAAAAAGAACAUUAGAUGCUGAUCGAAAGGGUAAAUCCGUAAUGGCAGGCCUUGCUAACAUCGCAGUGCGUCCAAAUGCACUGAACCCAAUUUGUGGAGCAAACUUUAUGGCGCACAAUAGGAAUUCCAACGACUCUUUAUGGAUACGGACUGUGGAACAACCUAAAACCAACGUUUCAACGCCAAACGUCUUCAGGGUCUGGAUCUAA